AUGUUGGCAUUCAGCUUCAGGGGCUGGAGAGGUUCAAGGAGAGGGUAUACCAGGGGUCAUGACAGAGGUGAGGGGUCAGGGGGUCAUUCAGGAAGAGGUCGUGGCCAUGGGCCACCUCCAGGGCUGAAGGGAAGGGAGAUUGGUAUGUGGUACGCCAGGCGUGGGAAAGUUCGCAAGGAAGAAAAAGAACUAGCAGAGAGGCAGUUUGUCCCGCUGGAUGACCACAGGGAACAACAUAUCCGCCGACUUUUACACGAUAUUCAGACUUCAGAAUCUGUUCCUCCUCAGCCACAAAGGUCCUAUAAAGAUAUCACUUCCGACUGCAGCAAAUCAUACUCAGGCAGUUUUCCUCAAGGUACAACUAGGAGUUCAAAACCUGAGGUGGCCGAUCACAGGUCUGUCCCAGACUCCUGGUGGGAUGAUAAAGAAGACAUGGAACUAUUGGCUGAUAGUGACAAAACCCAAAGCCAGUCAAGCAUAAAGAGAGAAGAUGUGCAAACUGCAGCAAUAGAAUCACAGCACAAAGCUGAAACAUCUGAGAUGAAGACAGAAAACCAAGAAGAUGUGGACAUGGAGGCUGACUCUGAAAUCUCCAAAGUUUACAGAUUUAUCAAAGACGAAGACUUCAUACCUCUGAACACUGGUUCAGAGGAUAUAGAAAUGGACCAGUUUACUAUCACAAGAGACCCAUAUAUCGACCAGAAAUUGUUGAAGGAUAUUGAAGAAAGCCGACAGAGCUCUCGUUAUCAGAGAAUGUUGGAGUUCAGGAAAAAGCUUCCAUCAUUCUCCAUGAGAGAGAAAAUUUUGGAAGUUGUUUGUGGAAGCCAGGUAACUGUGAUCAGUGGAGAAACAGGGUGUGGGAAAACCACUCAGGUAGCACAGUUCAUUCUGGAUGAUUUCAUAGACAAGGGGAAGGGGUCUGCCUGCCAUGUUGUAUGUACCCAGCCCAGGAGAAUCAGUGCCGUCUCUGUGGCUGAGCGUGUAGCUGAUGAGAGAGCCGAAGCCUGUGGUAACAAAAACAGUGUUGGCUAUCAGAUCAGACUGGAAAGUAAGAUGCCACGAGCACAAGGCUCUAUACUGUACUGCACAACGGGUAUUCUGCUGAAGUGGCUGGAGAGUGAUCCACUGCUUCUGCGAGCAAGUCACAUUGUGCUGGAUGAGAUCCACGAGAGAGAUUUGCUGUCUGACUUCCUCAUCAUCAUUCUCAAGGACAUCCUUCCGCGGCGAUCAGACUUGAAACUUGUUCUUAUGAGCGCUACUCUGAAUGCUGAGAUGUUCUCACAAUACUUCGGUAACUGUCCCAUGCUGAACAUCCCAGGCUUUACUUAUCCUGUACAAGAGCUGUAUUUGGAAGACAUCUUGGAAGUCACCAGCUACCAACCCAACAUGGCAUCUCAACCACAACGGAGGUCAUAUAGCAGAAAGGCGAGAGAAAUGCGUCUGCAGGAAGACGAUGAGAAGAUGGAGCUUGAGGACUGGUUUUAUUCCUUAAAAGGGAAUUAUUCUUUCAGCACCCUGGAGGCAUUGAUGAACAUGGAUUACAAGAAGAUUGAUUUAGAUCUGAUCAUGACACUUAUUGAUCAUAUCUGUACACAUAAAGGGGAUGGGGCAAUCCUGAUCUUUGUUCCUGGUUGGGAUGAGAUCAGUAAACUGAAUGAUCAACUAAGCAGGAGUCCAAAAUAUUGCUCAGAUUGGUUUUGCAUCAUACCUUUACAUUCACUGAUGCCAACAGCUAAUCAGAGAAAAGUAUUUGACCGGCCGCCGCAAGGUGUAAGAAAAAUUGUCAUAGCCACGAACAUUGCUGAGACCAGUAUCACCAUCGAUGAUGUUGUCUAUGUAAUAGACUGUGGGAAAAUAAAGGUGAAGAAUUUUGUGCCGGAGUCUAACCUGACAACGCUGGAGCCUCACUGGGUAUCUGUCGCUAAUGCUCGUCAGAGGCGGGGCAGGGCAGGCAGGGUACAGCCUGGAGAGUGUUAUCACAUGUUCACCAGACUGAAACUCUCACAGAUGGAGGAAUAUCUGAAACCUGAGAUACUGAGAACCAGGCUGGAGGAAAUUUGUCUACAGAUAAAGCUAUUGAAGCUGGGUAAAAUUGAACCCUUCAUCAGUAAAGCCUUGGAACCACCAUCUAUGGAAGCUCUUCACUCUGCCCUGAUCAAUCUUGAGGAGCUGAAUGCCUUGGACCAUGAGGAGAACCUGUUACCCCUGGGGUACCACCUUGCUCGUAUGCCCGUCGACCCCCAUGUGGGCAAGAUGAUUCUGUUUGGGGCAAUGUUCUGUUGCUUGGACCCUGUAUUGACCGUGGCUGCCAGUCUGGGUUUUAAGGAUGCCUUCACGAUUCCACUGGGCAAAGAGAAGGAAGCAGAUAGAAGGAGAAAAGAGCUGUCCAAAGACAGUAAAAGUGAUCACAUCCUCCUCAUUAAUGCUUUUCAGGGUUGGGAGAGGGCGAAAUCGAGGGGGACAGAUCGCCAGUACUGCUGGGACAACUUCCUGUCAGCUAACACAUUACGAAUGCUUGGUGACAUGAAGAAACAGUUUAUGGAGCUUCUGAAGGAUUUAGGCUUUGUAAAUAGUCGUAGUCCUAAAGAAGAAACCAGCAAUAUUAACUCAGGUAAUUAUGGCCUAAUUAAGGCUGUGAUUUGUGCUGGACUCUACCCAAAUGUGGCCAAAAUCUCAAAGUCUCCCAAUCCUCAUUCUAAAGGCUUCAGACCAACACUUUUUUGUACCAAAACUGACAGAAGAGUUACUCUCCAUCCUAAAUCUGUAAAUGCCAAUGAGAAAGUGUUUGAAUCAAAAUGGUUCAUAUUUCAUCAAAAGUUGAAAACAAAUUCGAUAAACCUUCAUGACUGCUCGAUGGUAGCACCUUACCCUCUCCUGUUCUUUGGGGGUGACAUUGACAUCCGCAGGGACCGAGAACAAGACUGCGUUGCAGUGGACGACUGGAUACUGUUCAGAGCUUCACCUAGCAUAGCCAAGCUUGUCAUUGACUUAAGACGUGAACUCGACCGUGUGCUGGAAGAAAAGAUUUCUAAACCAGGCCCAACAACAUGGGAUAAAAAGACUAAAGAGGGAGCUGUGAUGAGGGCGAUUGUUGACCUGAUCUCCAUGGAGGAUGAUCUCUAUCUCCAGGGAGGGUCAAGUGGAGGGGGCGCCAACUGGAGAUAAUGAACGAGUGGUAUAUAGGCACUGGACUGUGCAGGAUUGUGACAUCUUCAGAAUAGGGCCAACGUCAGCAAAAUGUAGACAUGUAGGCUGGAAGAGUGAAUGGAAAAGCUUUAGACUGCCAGGUGGUCAAAGAAUUGAUGAAUGAAUAUGCUUCUGAUGGCUACCUUGAUUGCAGCUUUGAAAUCUGACAAGGAACUGGAGUGACAGCAGAUUAACUGGACCUUCAUAGACAGGAGUUCUGUUCCAGCUUCAGCUUUGGUGCACCUGGAUUGUCUGCUCCAGUCUAUGAUGAAUUAAACCCGAACCUACAAGUCCCAAGUUUAAUUUAGUUGCUUCUUGUUGUCCCACCAAAGGGAACCUGUAGGUUAUGGAAGGGUUAGCGUCAUCCGUCAUGCAGAAGUUGUGUUGACAACAAUUUGACUACACCUCAACCAAUUACAUGUACCUGCAGUCAUUGCCUCCUGUUGCUCUCACAAGACCAUGAAACACAGAACAGUUGGAAUGGCCUGUCAGGAUUGUGGUUAUUCAGUAUUGGUGCUGUGCAUUAUCUACGUACAUUCUAGCAGGGGGUGGAAACAGACCAAAUCGGCCAUAAACAUUUGUUUUCAUGUGCGUGAAUCAACCUUUAAUCUGGAAUGGGAUGGGCCAUGUUUGAGAGGCCCACAAAUACGAUGUUACGCCACUCACACUUCACGUUCAUAUGUUCAGUGACUGCACUGCACAGCACGUAACUCGCUGUACAACAGUCAUAUUCAACCUGCAUAUUCUUGUCUUGACAGUUUAAUACUUGUGCGGUAUUUAUUACUUCUUAGAAUACAAUAAAGCAAAUCAACACAAUAUUUAUGAAA